GUUCCGAGCCGAUGUCCCAGGUGAGCGACCAGCGCCCUCCUCUCUGUGACGCGCCCCAUGGAGCCCCCAGCGCAGCCUCUGACCCAGCCCAGACCCUGCCCCUGCUACCUGGGCUGGAGGUAGUAACAGAAUCUACGCAGUCAGUGGAGGCGGCGCCAGAGGCGAGCUCCCUGGAGGAGGCAGCACCCCCGAUGCCCCAAGGCAAUGACCCUGGGGCCCCCCAGGCCCUGGACAGCACUGACCUUGCUGUUCCCACAGAAGCUGUGACAUGCCAGCCUCAGGCAAACCCCUUGGGCUGCACCCCACUACUGCCAAAUGGCUCUGGCCACCCCUCGGAGCUGGACGGCACCAGGCGGGCAGGGAACGGUACCCUGGGUGGCCCCAAGACCCAUCGGAAGUUGCAGACGCAUUCGUCUCUGGCCAGCCAGGGCAGCAAGAAAAGCAAGGGCAGCACCAGAUCAGCCGCCUCCCAAAUCCCGCUUCAGGCACAGGAAGACUGCUGUGUCCACUGCAUUCUGUCCUGCCUGUUCUGUGAGUUCCUGACGCUGUGCAACAUCGUCCUGGACUGCGCCACGUGCGGCUCCUGCAGCUCCGAGGACUCGUGCCUCUGCUGCUGCUGCUGCGGCUCCGGCGAGUGUGCCGACUGCGACCUACCCUGCGACCUGGACUGCGGCAUCCUGGACGCCUGCUGCGAGUCUGCAGACUGCCUAGAGAUUUGCAUGGAGUGCUGUGGGCUCUGCUUUUCCUCCUGACCCUC